UAUUUAAAACCCGACAAACUCAAACCGACUUCUUAAAUUUAUUUUCUCCUUUAUAUACUUAUCUGCCGCAAAACCAUACAUAAUCAAAGGCUUUCGUUCUUGAAAUUCUUCUUCUUCUUUGUUUUUUGCGAUGCAAGUCAUGAGUUCUUCACCGUUGUUGUCUCCCACCUUUAACAGCUUCUCCGGCACAGGAAAGUUCAGCUACGAUUUCGGACUUAAACUGCAGCUCAGAGACGAGGAGGCUGACGAGGAAGAUGAAAAGAAAUUGAACAGUCAGUCGGAAAUAGGAGAUGAAGAUGAAAAGGAAGAACAAAGCGAAGAGGAAGAGGAAGAGUUUUCGUUUGUUUGUUUAAGUCCUCAUGGAUCCCCGAUUUCUGCGGACGACUUGUUCCAAGACGGUCAGAUCCGUCCGAUUUUUCCGUUAUUCAAUCAAGAUCUCCUCUUCGUCGACGAAGACGGUACCAUUUUGAAGACCGACGAGGGUGACGUCGCUCUACCGCCUCAGGUGAGGAAGGUUUUCGUGGAAGAUUCAACGGACGCGACGUCGGAACCGGAGGGACCGUACUGCGAGUGGAGAGGUGCAAAAACCGUGGAGAAAGCCUCACCGGACACUUGUCGAAAGAGCAACUCCACGGGAUUCUCCAAGCUUUGGAGGUUCAGAGAUUUGAAGCUUCGAUGUAAUAGCGACGGCAAAACCGCGUUCGUCCUCUUAAGCCAUCCUCCGCCUUCUUCUUCUUCUUCGUCGUCGUCGUCGUCCUCGUCGAUAAAAACUGAGAAGAAAAACGAAAGAGAAGAGAAGAAAUUGACGUCCAAAGCAAUCUUAGAGAAACCAAAGGUGAAGAAGACAGAGAAGAGCGGUAAAAUGGCGUCACCUUCAGCUCACGAAAAGCUUUACAUUAAUAACAGAGCACAAAAGGAAGGGAUUAAAAGGCGGUCGUAUUUACCGUAUAAGCAGAUCGGGUUUUUCACAAACGUCAGCGGCUUUAGCAGAAAUGUUCAUCCAUAUUAGGUUUCUACUUAAUUAAUUAAAAUUAAAAUUAAA